UCUGCGCUCUGCUGUCCUUCCUACCAGAAAAACGGUGGAUGAGACCCACAUUGCCACACAGCCGCGCACUGCAGAGGACAGAGCGGGACUCAAACACCAUCGAGGAAUAUGUCAGCUGUGUCACGCACCGAGGGACGCAUAAAGCCGCCGCGCAGCGCAGUUUCUGCACAUCCACUGCCUCUGCUUUAGUUUAGCAGACAAACACAACCCCGUUUAGCACUUAUGCUUUGCUAAAAAUCUUUUCUGCUGCUGCUUCUGGUCCAUUCCUUUCCCUCCUCCCCUCUCUUCCUGCUCCUCCUCCUGCUGUGUGCCGUCCCGUCGCCAGGAUGGACAAGACGCUCUGCAGUCCGCAUCCCGGGACCAACAAAGCAAACUCUUCCUCCGCGGACCUCCGCGGGAGCUCAUCAUCGAGGAAGCCCGGUGGGCGGCCCGGGUCGCACAGCCCCGGCUCCGGCUCCCUGGGAGGCUCGGCUGUAGCGGGAGGCAGUCGGGCAACUGUGCUGGGGAACAGCAUGAAUUUGCAGCAACAGCAGCAGGCGCGCAAGAGGCAGCUGGAAGGAGUCCUGAGCAAAUACACCAACCUGAUCCAAGGCUGGCAGAACAGGUAUUUUGUGUUGGAUCCAGAGCUGGGACAGCUGCAGUACUUUGUCAAUGAGCAGGGGAAGAGCCAGAAGCCCCGUGGCUCGCUGCCUCUGAUCGGCGCCUCGGUGACAACGAGCGACGAGGCUCCGCACAUGUUCAUCGUAAACGCCGUCAAUGGAGAGCUGUAUAAACUCAGAGCCUCUGAUGCCAAGGAGCAGCAGUUUUGGAUCAGCCAGCUCCAAGCAUGUGCCAGACGUCACUCUGACAGCAGUGCCAAGGUGAGGAAGCUAAAGGGCUCAGAUGAACACUUGAGUGUGGAAAGAGCAGGAGGAGGCCAGGAGCUGCUGGGCUCCUCUUCCUCUGGUCGGACCCGUAGUUUCUCCCUCCUUCCCCACCUAACACCAACUUCAUCCCCGGGAUCUCCGAGGCACCUGGGUCACCCCGCCACACCCAGCAACAUCGUCACGAUCACUCACCACAAAUCUCCAGCUGCAGCUCGACGAGCCAAGAGUCAAUACCCAGGCCGGCUGCUGGAGGUCAAAGAGUUUCUGUCUGACACAAGUGAAUCGCGGGAAGGAAACCUCCUCUUCCUCCUCUUCCACUCCUCUGAUGCCAAGGAGCAGCAGUUUUGGAUCAGCCAGCUCCAAGCAUGUGCCAGACGUCACUCUGACAGCAGUGCCAAGGUGAGGAAGCUAAAGGGCUCAGAUGAACACUUGAGUGUGGAAAGAGCAGGAGGAGGCCAGGAGCUGCUGGGCUCCUCUUCCUCUGGUCGGACCCGUAGUUUCUCCCUCCUUCCCCACCUAACACCAACUUCAUCCCCGGGAUCUCCGAGGCACCUGGGUCACCCCGCCACACCCAGCAACAUCGUCACGAUCACUCACCACAAAUCUCCAGCUGCAGCUCGACGAGCCAAGAGUCAAUACCCAGGCCGGCUGCUGGAGGUCAAAGAGGUUAUGUCCCAAGCAGAGGGCCAACAGAAGAACCUUGUCCAGUCCAUCGACUCCCUGCCCACCAAAGGGCCGCUCUCCUGUCUGGAUCAGGACCUGCUCCUGCUCAAAGCUACGUCGGCUGCCACACUGAGCUGCCUGGGCGAGUGCCUGAACAUCCUCCAACAGACUCAGAGCCGCAGCCAGGUUCCACCUCAGUCCCAGGUCUCCCAGCGCAACCACGCCUCCCAAGGAGCACCCUCCGAUGGUGCUCCUGUGUGGACUGUACCAAAGUCGCCCUCGGGGGAGCAACUGAAGAACGGGGGUCUGACUCCUUUGCAGUCAACCGAGCCCUCCCCGGCCCUCAGGAAAAGGAUUCUGCCCCAUGGUGCUGAGCAGCACCCAGGGCUGGAAGACGUCAGCCCCAGUGAGGAGGUGACGGAUACGGAGGACAACGAAGAGGAGGACCUGGGCGUCCUGGAUGACCAGCGGAGCAUCAUUCUCCACCUGCUCUCGCAGCUCAAACUGGGAAUGGAUCUCACACGGGUGGUGCUGCCUACUUUCAUUCUGGAAAAGCGAUCACUGCUGGAAAUGUACGCUAACUUCAUGGCGCACCCCGACAUGUUCCUGUCAAUAACAGCGGGGGCCACAGCUGAGGACCGAAUAGUCCGCUUUGUGGAGUAUUACCUGACUGCCUUCCACGAGGGGCGGAAAGGUGCCGUGGCAAAGAAACCCUACAACCCCGUGUUGGGGGAGACCUUCCACUGUUCCUGGGAAGUUCCUCGGGACAAAGUCAAGCCUUUGGACAGAUCGAACCCGGGGUCGGCUCGGGAGCCAAGCAGAGGCCCCAACAACACACAGCAGGACGAGGACUCACCGGGAAGCUGCUACAGAGUGCGUUUUGUGGCCGAGCAGGUGUCCCAUCAUCCCCCUGUGUCCGGGUUUUAUUGCGAGUGCCGGGAACGGAGGAUGUGUGUCAACGCCCACGUGUGGACCAAGAGCAAGUUCAUGGGCAUGUCUAUAGGAGUGUCCAUGGUGGGAGAAGGAGUCCUUUAUCUCCUCGAGCACGACGAGGAGUACGUCUUCACAUUGCCCUGUGCCUACGCCCGCUCCAUCCUCACUGUGCCCUGGGUGGAGCUGGGGGGCAAAGUCUCCAUCAACUGUGUCAAGAGCGGCUACUCUGCCACAGUGACCUUCCACACAAAGCCUUUCUACGGAGGGAAGGUACAUCGGGUGACAGCAGAGGUCAAGCACAACCCGACCAACACCAUCGUGUGCAAAGCACAGGGAGAGUGGAACGGCACGCUGGAGUUCACGUACAGCAGCGGGGAAACCAAAGUGAUCGACACGACCAAACUUCCCGUCACCAAGAAGAAGCUGCGGCCGGUGGAGAAACAGGCGAGGACAGAAUCCAGGCGGUUGUGGCAAAACGUCACCAAGUCGCUGAAGGAAGGGAACAUCGACGAGGCCACGGAGCACAAACACAGACUGGAGGAGUGUCAGAGAGGGGAGGAGAGGCAGAGAGCAGCUGAUAACAAACCCUGGAUGCCCAAAUACUUCACUAAAGAGGGGGAUGGUUGGAGCUAUAAUAACCCGCUGUGGAAGUCAACCUGACAUCAAAAACGCUCCUUUCUAAUGGACUAUAACAACUCCAGUUCCCCGUGCUGAGGAGGAUGGGGGAGGGGGUCAAACAAGGGGAGCGGCGUCCCCCAUGGACCUUCAGACCCCACCGAGUGACACUACGGCGACACAAACAGGAAACAAACAAGGUGCCAAAUGGAUCUCCACAGUUUGGGACUCCUGGGGAGAGCAGUACAUUUUAUAUACAGUUGGUAGUAUUCAAAGUAGAAUAUUUCUAUUUUCACCUGUCAAGGCCUUUUUUUGCACACACACAUAGUUUAUGACGCCUGCCACUAGUCUCCCACUUUGUAUUUUUCUUUUUAAUGAUCAGCGCAUUUUUCUCAGAAAUCAGUGUUUGUUCCAGGUUUCAUGCCUUGUUAGAGUGGAUCACAUCUCCCGUAACACAUAACACUGUAGUUCCCAGAUUAGUUUGUUUAUAGAGCACUUUUAACAUAGAAGUAAAUCUACUAUUUUGUAUCGAUGGCUUUUACCAAUCAGGUUGGGUCUCUCAGAGCUUUAGAAGAAUUAAGGAAACCUAAGCAGAUUUAAAACUAUUUAAAAUCAAAUGUACUAUAUUAGAUGAUUUAGUAUAUAUUAAAAUAGAAUAUAUUACAGCAGGUUACUAGAAAGUGAAGGUCCUGAUUGUUUGUGUCUGCACUAUGAAUGUAUCUUGGCACAUUUUAAUUGUACAGUAUGCUUUCCCAUCUUGUACUGAUGGCUACUACACAUGCUUACGACAGUAUGUUGCUCUAUCACCUCUGCCUACCAGAUGAGCUCCAUUACUACCUCUCGUUUCACCAUCACACGCUUUUUCUUCCAGAAGAAAACACCGGUUUGUUUGUAUUGUAGCCAAGAGCUCCUCUAAUCGGUGUUGUAUCUGCGCCCCUCAGACGACACGUCCAUAAUUAGGGAGCCCCUGUACACCCCGUCUGUGCCUCCUGAAGUUAAUACUUCUUUGUUUCAGCUGUGGUGAUGAUUAUGGAUGAGGCAGCUUGCAGGAACAUACAGCCAUGUUAUCACAUUUUGGGGGUGGUGGUGGUGGUGGGGGAAAGAGGCUGCCUCUGUGAAGAUGAAGGUCUGCCAGAAUAACAAUCACUGGGACACUGCAGGAAGAGGUUCAUACCACUGUGUACUCGCGUUUUUAUGUCUACAUUUGACGAGAUAUGUGACGAUUAUUCAGACUGAUCGGCUUUUCUACAAUAAAGUAAAAAGGUUUUAAAUGAAAA